AUCAGAAUUAUUAUCGCGGGCGGCCGCCGCCAAUUAAUUCGCGGACCUCGCAGUAAAAACAGGUUCACUCUGUGUGGAUAUUUCAGCUCCAGUCAUGGACCAGGACAAACUUGGUAUCGAUGGAUUCGUGGUAAUCUCAGGAAUGUGAAGCUGCCACUGUUUUUCGUAUAGCAUGAUGACACUGGUGUUAGAGGAUUGUUAUUGACUUGGUUAGAUAUUUUAAGCCUAUUUUAAAUUUCUUUAUAUUUGAUCUUGAAAACGGACAAUCUUAUAAUUUGGCUGAUAAUGCAGGGAUUAUAAUAUUUAGAGUACAUUACAUUCACAGAGAGAACCUGGUUUAUUUCAUGUCAUAUGUAUUUAAUAUAUCAAUAUAUAUCAGUAUUAGCAAAGCUUAACAUCAUGAACAUGACAGACAUGACUGAAGAGCAGAUGAAGAUAUCAUGCCAGGCACUGAUGAGAAAAUAUUAAAAGGAUCUCACAGCUGAAUUUGAGAAUGAGAUGCUACACCUGAGAACAAUAUAUGGUGCCACAUUUCCACACAUUCGGUCUCCUCUUGAGCUGCUUAAUGCCAUCUAGGAUGCAAUUACAGAGCAUUUUUGGAGAAGUUUGUAUUGGACUGAGGAUAUUUUGCACACUACCUGUGACUGUUGCUGGGGGGUGAACAGGCUUUUAGCAAACUGAAACUGGUGAAAAAUUAUUUGAGAUCAACAAUGUCCCAGGAUAGACUGAACAGCCUAGCUCUUCUUUCUAUUGAAAGCCAAUUAGCCAAAGGAUUGGACUUUAAAGAUCUCAUAAGUGAUUUUGCUAACAUGAAGACCCGUCAGUGGGCAUUUACUGGAAAAUAAAUUCCAGGAUUUUUGUUUGAACACAUUGUUGGCAAAUAAAAAUAAUUAUAUGUGAAGUCUGGGCAUUUCACUUUUAUUAUGCUGGCAUUUGUAUUUGCUCAAUAUAGAGGUUAAACUAAGAUCAUAUUUAUUAUCUUGUCUUAUAGCAUGACAAAAAAUGUGUAAGAGAGAUAUUAAGUAAUUGAGCAUGGGGGCCCACCUAGAAGACUUGUACCUAGGGCCCAGAAUUUGGUGCUACGCCCCUGGUCCCAUUAGUCAUCAUCACACUGAUGAAAAUCAUCUCCACAUUUGACCCAUCCCCGUGGGGAGCAGUGAGCUGCAGCUGUGACUGCGCUUGGGAGGUAUUUGGUGGUUUAACCCACCAAUCCAACCCCUUAAAGCUGUCAAGCAGGGAGGCAUUGGGUCCCAUUUUUAAAGUCUUUUGUAUGACCCAACUGAGAUUUGAACCCUGAUCUCCCAGUCCCAAGGCGGACACUCUACCACUAGGCCACUGAGAAGGUAAAGUGGAAAAUAAGUUGUUUUUACUGUUAAUUUCAUGGCAAUAUCUAUCCAAAAUUUAGCUGAAAAUGAGUUAAAUGAUGCCUAGUUGUUGAAGAAUGUUGGCAGCUUCUAAACAUAACCAUAAAAAUCGGGUCUAAAUUAAAAGGGAGCGAGUCUCUGGACGACGCCAUAUUAGAUGACAUGUUUCCUUCAAUGUGAUCCCGUGAGGACAAAAUGCUGAUUUGUAACAAACUAUUGCAAAUCUUUUGCCAUUCAUAAAAGUUGUUUUACACAUUUACCUCCACUUGCUGCCAGUGAUGAAAGGAAGUCUGAUGUGCUUGUCAUUUUGCUGGAGGUUACACACCUAGGGAUUUUUGACCCUAAUGGCCAUCCGUUACUCGAACACAAAAGUACUGCUUUCUGGCAAUGGUUUAGGUCUGUACUGCCCCCUAUCGCUAGAGAAAACACACUUUGUCAUUUUAAGAAGGCAACAGUCAAGCACAAGCCUAUUUUUCUCAUUUCUUUUUCUUUUCUUUUUGAGGUGCAAACACCACUACCUCUCAGAAGACUGUACAUGUUUUAGACUAAAUCCGUGUCACAUAUAAUGCAGUUCUUUUGCACAUGUUUUACAUUCAGAAAGUUUUUUUUCCACCACUGGGACUUGGACAAGUAUUUUUUUAAUUAAAUGCAAGCAUGCAAAAGGCCUCAUUUAAAUGUGGGCAAACGGCACCAUUGCUGUUUGGAUAGCAGCACAGAGGAGCAGAAAUCCCUUUUCAAGGGUUCUGUGAACUAUGCAACAAUGCAAACUUGUAAUUAAUGUACAAUACCUUAGUGAGUUUUGACUUAAUGGUAAAGAAAUGUUUCUUUAUGGGAAUUUUUUUCUCAGGUUAUUGAAAGUGAGUCCAUGCAAGUGGAAGCCAAAAGUAAAGUUGUGCGAGUUGAUGAAGAGGCAGCUACCAUAAAAGCCAGUGAGGCUCGGGUUCUGAUGAAUGAGUGUGAGACUGAGUUAGCCAAAGUCAUCCCUGCUCUGGAGGCUUCUGUCUCUGCCUUGGACACAUUAAAACCCACUGAUAUCACUAUAGUGAAAUCAAUGAAGAACCCACCUGCAGGAGUAAAGCUGGUGAUGGCAGGUGUAUGUGUGAUGAAGGAUAUACAACCGAAUAAGAUACCUGACCCUGCUGGGACUGGGAAAAAGAUUUUAGAUUACUGGGGUCCAAGCAAGAAGUUACUGGGUGAUACAAAUUUUUUGCGAGAUCUUAAGCACUACAACAAGGACAAUAUUCCUGUUCAUACCAUGCAAAAAAUCCGUACUGAGUACAUGACCAACCCUGACUUUGACCCCAGAAAAGUGUCUAAGGCCUCCUCUGCAGCAGAAGGUCUGUGCAAGUGGAUCAAAGCAAUUGAGGCUUAUGACAGAGUUAUAAAGGUUGUGGCCCCUAAAAGGGCUAAUCUUGCAGAGGCACAAGAGUCCCUAACUGUUACCAUGGCUCUGCUAGAUCAGAAAAGAGCUGAGUUAAAAGAUGUCGAGGAUCACUUGGUUGUGCUGCAUAAAUGUUUUGAGGAGAAAACAGAGGAGAAGACCCGGCUGGAGCUACAAGUCAAUUUGUGUGCAAAAAAGCUGGGGAGAGCUGAAAAGCUCAUUGGUGGUCUGGGUGGAGAGAAGACCAGAUGGUCAAAAGCAGCAGAUGACCUGCAGAACACCUAUGACAAUUUGACUGGAGAUGUCCUCAUCUCUGCUGGCGUCAUCGCCUACUUGGGAGCAUUUACUGUUGGGUUUCGACAUGACUGCACUAAGUUAUGGACCAGUCUUUGCCAAUCUAAGAACAUUCCUUGCUCAGAUGACUUCUCUCUCAGUAAAACCCUGGGAGAUCCCAUGCAAAUUUGGGCUUGGAACAUUGCAGGCCUUCCCAGUGACUCUUUCUCUAUCGACAAUGGUGUCAUCGUCAGUAAUUCCCGUAGAUGGCCUUUGAUGAUUGACCCUGAAGGUCAAGCCAACAAGUGGGUGAAGAAUUCAGAGAAGGAGAAGAACCUGAGCGUAAUCAAGUUAACAGACGGGGACUUUGUAAGAACUUUAGAAAAUUGCAUUCAGUUUGGAACUCCCUUGCUGCUGGAGAACGUUGGCGAAGAGCUGGACCCUUCUCUGGAACCACUGCUGCUCAGACAAACUUUCAAGCAAGGUGGUGUUGAAUACAUUCGGCUUGGAGAGAGUAUUAUUGAGUACUCCGCUGAGUUCCGGUUCUACAUCACCACAAAGCUGAGGAACCCACACUACCUACCAGAACUGGCCACCAAGGUGUCUUUGCUUAAUUUUAUGAUCACACCAGACAGUUUGCAGGACCAGCUGCUGGGGAUUGUGGUUGCAAAAGAAAGGCCACAGCUGGAAGAAGAGAGAAAUGCACUAAUCCUGCAGUCAACUGACAACAAGAGGCAGCUAAAGGAAAUUGAAGACAACAUCUUGGAAACACUGCACUCUUCUGAGGGAAAUAUUCUGGAGGAUGAGAGCGCUAUUAAGAUACUAGAUUCAGCAAAGGUCAUGUCUAAUGAGAUUACCCAAAAACAGCAGAUUGCGGAGAAGACAGAGAUAAAGAUUGCUGAGGGCAGAGAAGGUUACAGACCUAUCGCCAAGCACUCCUCUGUUCUGUUCUUCAGUAUUUCUGAUUUGACCAACAUAGACCCUAUGUACCAGUACUCGCUCAGCUGGUUCAUUAACAUCUACAUCAACUCCAUAAAAGAGAGUAACAUGUCCAUGAUUCUGGCGACGAGACUUCAAAAUUUAACCGAUUACUUCACCUAUGACCUUUACUGCAAUGUCUGUCGGUCUCUCUUUGAGAAGGACAAACUUCUCUUCUCCUUCCGUCUUUGCUACAAUUUGCUGCUAGAAAAGGGAGAAAUUGAAUACCCAGACCUCAUGUUCCUGCUCACGGGAGGUGUAGGCCUGCAGAACAGUGUUCCUAACCCCGAUUCCAGCUGGCUACUGGACAGGAGCUGGGACGAAAUCUGCAGAGCAAGUGAUCUGCCUGGGUUAAAGGGGAUAAAAGAUGCUUUCAUCAAGAGUCCUGGUGACUUCAAGCCUAUUUAUGACAGCAAAGAGCCAUGCACCGUUGAUCUGCCUGCACCGUGGUGUGACUGCCUCAACGACCUGCAGAAGAUGAUCAUUAUCCGCUGUCUCAGACCUGAUAAGAUACCACCAGCUAUAACUAAGUUUGUGAUACACAAUCUGGGGGAUAAAUUUGUCCAGCCUCCUCCCUUCGACUUGAGUAAGAGCUACCUGGACUCCAACUGCACCAUUCCACUUGUGUUUAUCCUUUCUCCCGGAGCUGAUCCCAUGGCUAGUUUGUUGAAGUUUGCCUGUGACAUGAAUAUGAGCGAGAAGUUUCAGUCUAUCUCUCUGGGUCAAGGCCAGGGGCCCAUCGCAGCUAAAAUGAUAUCCACAGCUAUGAAGGAUGGGACAUGGGUGUGUUUGCAGAACUGUCACUUGGCCAUUUCAUGGAUGUCCGCUCUAGAAAAAAUCUGUGAGGACUUCAGCCGCGCAACAUGCCACCCAGACUUCCGCCUCUGGCUCACAAGUUACCCUUCACGCCAGUUUCCAGUGACCCUCCUCCAGAACGCAGUAAAAAUUACCAAUGAGCCACCUACAGGACUCCGUUUGAACCUGCUGCAGUCUUACUUAUCAGAUCCUGUUUCAGACCCAAUCUUCUUCACCAACUGUCCCAAGAAGGAGCAUGUUUGGGAAAAGCUUCUGUACGGAUUGUGCUUCUUCCACGCUCUUGUGCAGGAGAGGAAAAAAUUUGGCCCACUAGGCUGGAAUAUUCCUUAUGGCUUCAACGAAUCUGACCUCCGUAUAAGCAUCAGACAGCUUCAGCUGUUUAUAAAUGAAUAUGAUGAUGUGCCCCUGGAGGCCAUUUCAUAUCUGACUGGAGAGUGUAACUACGGUGGUCGCGUGACAGAUGACUGGGACAGGCGACUCCUGGUGACCAUCUUGGCCGAUUUCUACAACACCAACGUUAUUUGGGGGUUUAAAUACCCUCUGUCACCUUGUGGUAGAUACACUGUCCCACCUAAAUCUAGCUACGAAGACUACAUGUAUUUCAUUAAGAAACUGCCAUUAAGUCAGUAUCCUGAGGUGUUUGGGUUGCAUGAAAAUGCAGACACAUCUAAAGAUUUGCAGGAAACAAAACUGUUGUUUGACUCUCUGCUACUGACCCACGGUGGAGGAGCCAAGGGAGGGGCCACUUCUGGGAGUGACAACACCCUGUAUGACAUAGCAAACGACAUCCUUACCAAGCUUCCAUCUAACUUCGACACAGAAGCAGCUCUCUUGAAGUUCCCAGUGCUCUAUGAAGAAAGUAUGAACACGGUUCUUGUUCAAGAGAUGGAGCGCUACAACACGUUGUGCAGUACUAUUCGUGUGAGUCUACAGAACCUCCUCAAAGCUAUUAAGGGCUUGGUGGAGAUGGAUUCAGAGCUGGAGGCAGUUGCAGGCAAUUUGAUGGUAGGCAAGGUCCCAGAAAAAUGGGCCAAGCGCUCUUACCCAAGCCUCAAGCCUCUGGGUAGUUACGUAAAUGACUUCCUCUCAAGGCUCAAGUUUUUACAGGUUUGGUAUGAAACCAGAAAGCCCAGUGUGUUCUGGCUGUCUGGAUUCUUCUUCACUCAAGCCUUCUUAACUGGAGCCAUGCAGAACUAUGCCAGGAAAUACCAUAUCCCCAUUGAUCUUCUAAGUUUUGAUUUUGAGAUCCUUCCAGUUGAUACCUCUGAAACAGAGCCUGAUGAUGGUGUUUAUGUUAUUGGGUUGUUCCUUGAUGGGGCUCGAUGGGACAAAGAAAGUGGAGUCCUAGCUGAGCAGUACCCCAAAGUACUGUUUGAUUCUAUGCCCAUCAUUUGGAUAAAACCCACCAAAGAGAAACACACUGAUGAAUCUCAGACACUUUACGUUUGCCCGCUCUAUAAGACCAGCGAGAGGAAGGGUACACUCUCUACUACCGGACACUCCACCAAUUUUGUCAUUUCCAUGAUGUUGCCGACCAGCCUUCGCCCGCAGCACUGGAUUAAGCGUGGUGUGGCGUUGCUCUGCCAGCUUGAUGACUGACAUCAGACAACACAGUUGAAGAAUCAAGCUCUUUAUUCUGAGCCAUUUGGAUUCACAGUUUGAUCCUGAGAGAUCUCAAAUAAAUAAAAUGUUUGCAUUUGA